AUGUCAACUCCAAAUGAACAUUCAUCAACAUCGUUGGCGAGUAGUAGUGGCAGCACUACAUCUACAGCAUCGAAUGCUUCAACCAAUAUAAGGUCAUCGCCACCGGCUACAACCGCAACACCAGCAGGUGUGCCAGUUGGUGAGUUGUUCGAAGUGCGUUGCCAGAGCCAGUAUCUGCAAUCCAAGCUUAGCACUACAUACGAUCAACUCAAGUCUUCGUUCAAAGAGGCCGUCGACAAGAAGAACUCCUCAAGGAUACAGGCAGCACUCCAGAACCUAACAUACUACCGUGUCGAGAAGGACUUACUCGAUCCACUACUCUCAGUGAUCUCAAUGACUGACGACAAGAAGACAUUGAAGUUGGCCUACUACUUCCUCAUUGAGUUGUCUGAGAUAAAGAACAUAACGACUAUAUUCUCAAAGGAGAUGCAACAUAAGGAUAUAUCACGAAAGGUUGUAUCAUUGAAGACAACGGCAAUGUUGGCGCCCAAUGAUACUUUGGUCGAUGCUAAUAUCACAGAGGUCAUCUCGGGUAUACUGAGAAAGGUUGGCGAAGACCCCGACAAGGUACAGAAGAAGAAGGUUGGAUUCUUCACCAAGGUGUCUGAUCUGGGACGUGAGCGCGCACUCUUGCAGUACGCAUGCUUUGUCGCCUGCCGAAACAGAUUCAAGAACAACCCAUCCUUGUUCAUGCCCAUCGUCGAGGGCAUCAAGUGUGCUGAUCCAGUUGGCGCAAGGCAUGCCGUAUGCCUGACUCACAGUUAUGCUAAAGAUGACCCAGCGACUAUUGCAGCGACGAUCAAACGAUUCUUGCCAUUGCUAAAGGCUAACAGGGGAAAGGAGGCUGUGGCCUUGGUGGACCCUUUUGCUCGCAGGACCUUCUUGGCCACAUGUAGUAUGAUUGCAUUGUCAUCGUCACCAGAUGGAAAGGACUUCUUCCAGAACAUAUGCCAGAGUGUGAUGGACAACAACUUGGGCGUGUGGUGCAGUGCCGUAUCCAACCUGACUAAGUUCCCCUGGAAGACGCUGGAGACAGCGAUGAUCGAGGCGAUCGUCGUGGACAACGACACUCCCAACCACUACGACACACAGCCAACCGCUGUGCCCCUGAUCACCGGCAUCUGCAACCAGAUCAAGAACGCGUUCAACACUCACUUCACGGCGCAUCCCGCCCAGCAGUCCAUCCCCUUCACGCACAUGGUCUGCAAGCUGGUCAACGCUCUGUCUCACUCGUACGUGCGCCACGCCUAUCCCAAGGCCGCGGACGGCUCACCCGCCAUCGGCACGUGGACCGAGGUGGACAAGACGAUUCCGUCGUCACUCACACACCCCUUCUCGGUGCUGACGUCGUCGAUCAUGGGCCUGCUCUCCAUCUCCCCCAACAUCUCCAUCCGCAUCCAGGCACUGCGCGCUCUCGUCUGGCUUUGCCCAUCGACGCUGUGUCCUGCGUCUCGCACAUUCUUUGAAUGCUUCCGCAAUCAGUUGCGCGAGCAAUGUCACCCAGCACUGCUGUUCAAGGAACUGUUCAUGGAGCUGUACAAGCGCACGGUCGUCACGCCUGUGCUGGCACCAUCCGUGCUGCAGCUCGUCUAUGACUGGAUCGACAUUGUGCCGCACAAGGUUGAUACGCCACUGGCCAUUCAGAUCUGGACCAAGAUCAUCGAGUUUGGUCGCGAGGGUCGCGAGCGUGUCCUGCAGAACUGCUUCGACGUGCUCGAUCGCUCCAUCCAUCCAGACUUCCGCGUGGUCAGUCUCGAGAUCCUCAAGGACAUUGUUCAAUUCCUCGGCGACAAUGCCAACAAGAUCACGUUGGAGGGUGAGGCUGGUGACAACCAACCAGUCACAGAUCAGGCACUCAACUCCAUCAUCUUGCGUCUCGAGCAAUACGCCAUCUUCCACCCAUGGCAGAUCCGUAUGGCCAGUGUCGACGCCCUCGCCAAGAUCGCCUUCCUCUCCUCCACGCCCUUCCGUAUACACAUAUACCACUUCCUAACGACUGUGCCCAAUGGAUCACAUGGAUGGACCACGGUCAAGUCAAACAAUGCUACGAUAGUUUGUAUAUUAGAUCAAUUGUUGACACUUAGAAGCAAGUGGCUACCAUUGUUAUCAUCAUCAUUGAGUGCGCCACAAAAGAAGGAGUUGACAGAUGAUCACAACAGUAUGUUGCUACAGAUUGGCAUGUACUUUGAUAGUGUUGGCGCCGCGGCCACCUCCACUUCCUCCACUUCAUGCUUGCCAAGCGAUUAUAUGCCAUUGGGUGUAGAGACAAGACAAUAUGUAAAAUAG